UUUACAAUCAACGUCACUCCUCUUUCUCUUGUCCAAUUUGAAUCACUAACAAAUAAACCCUAAUUUCCUUUCAUUCAUCGUUCAGUGUAAAGAGUGGAAUUUCGAAGCUCCGAUUGCAUUCCUGCACUUCGUUUUACAUGGCUAUGAGCUCCACAUUGAAGUGAAGGAAAAAGGAUUUUAGUGAUGGAGCAUCACAAAGAGAUAAUUAAGAGCGGGUGUCAUAAGAUUUUGGAGGGAAUCAAUUCAAUGUCUUUGGUGAAUUUAGAUGAUCAACAAAUUCAUUCCUUAGUGAUGAUGAGAGAAAUAGCACGUGGAGUUGUUGAUGGUCGAGAUAGAAAGGUGACUAAGAAUGAUGUGAUUACUGCCUUGCGCUACAGCAUUGAGAAAAUGGUGUGUGCAUCCAGAGACAUCAUUCAUAUAUUAGGUAGGAUGUCCUAUGAAGGCUUGGAUGACCAGAGGAUGAAUUUAGUAUUGAGGAUGAAAGAAAUUGCACAUGGAAUUGUUGAUAAGCAACCCGGAGUAGCUAUAGCUAGGCCCGAGUUACUUGCGGACCAAGUUUGCUUUGUGGAUGAAGGGACAAGAGACAGUCCUGUGGUUGAGUCGACAAAGAUCAGCAAUGGGGAUGCUCUAAUUGAUGAGGCACAAAGCAUGAUACAUGAAGAUGAGAUGUUGGACGUAGAACACGUUUUAAGAUUUGAAAACGGGAUAGAUGAAGUACAGGAGUCUCUGUUGUCAUCGUGCUUCCAGCAAUUUCUUCUGUGGCCUACCGGUGAUUGCAUCACCUUAGAGUGGGUUCAGGACAUGAUGUUCAUCCUUGAGAAGGCUUCACAGAAAACGUUGCCAACUGAAUUCUGCCAUGUUGUGCAGACCGUUGUGGUGUACAAAUUGAUAGAUGCUGCUUGUAGUAUUUUACGCGAAGAACCAAACUGUGUGGAUAUUAAUUGUCUGGGAGAUGAUUCAAGAGUCAUUGUUGUAGGCGAUAUACAUGGGCAGUUUCAUGAUUUAAUGUUGCUUUUGAAGCACGCAGGAGCACCUUCUGAGAAUCAAUUUUAUGUUUUCAAUGGAAAUUAUGUAGAUAAAGGAGCUUGGGGCAUUGAAGUAUUUUUGGUCUUGCUGGCUUGGAAGGUCUUGAUGCCUCAAAGAGUAUAUUUACUCCGUGGAAAUCAUGAAUCAAGAUAUUGCACCGAAAGAUAUGGUUUUAAGAAGGAGGUGUGGACCAAGUAUGGUGAUCAAAGUGAAGAUGUAUACAAUAAAUUCCUUGAGUGUUUCAAGGAUCUUCCAUUAGCUUCAGUUAUUGCCAAUUGUGUUUAUACUACUCAUGGAGGGCUUUUCCGUAGCAUUCAUGCCGCUGCUGACCCUUCAGGAAAUCCAAAACAGAAGAAGAUGCAAAGAGUGGACCUUGGUUCUUUAGCUGAUUUAUCUCAAAUUAAAAGAGCUUGCAUAGAUUCUCCUCUUGAGGGUCCUAACAUGUUAUUGAGUGACAUUCUCUGGUCAAAACCAUCUAAUAGGGAUGGUCUGAGGGGUAAUGCAGGUCGAAAAUUUGGUUUAUGGUGGGGUCCUGAUUGCACUGAGGCUUUCUUAAGGCAUCACAAUUUAAAGCUGAUCAUCAGAUCACAUGAAGGACCAGAUGCAAGGGAUGGUGGGGAAGAUUUUGGAGAUAUGUUGAACGGAUACAGCAUAGAUCAUGAUGGAGAGUCAGGAAAGCUAUAUACACUUUUUAGUGCUCCAGACUACCCACAGUUUGGGAAAAGGAGAUAUACCAAUGAAGGAGCAUAUGCAAUAUUGAAGUCGCCUGAUUUUGCAAGUCCUUCCUUUCAGUCAUUCAAAUCAGCAGAAAGACCAAUGGUGUAUCCUUAUCUUGAUUUGGAUGCUGAUGACAUGAACUUGAGUAAACUAGACUCUUCUCAAAUUGACAUACAGGCCUCAACCUCAGACUUUUCAGCUCCUCAAGAUGCGGUGAGACCCGAAUUUGACUUUGAGGCAUUAGGCAUAUAUAAUGCCCCAAGUUGGACUGUUCAGUUUCCAGAUGGUUCAGGCGGUACUCAAGCUGUGCAGGUUCCAAGAGCUCCUUUGGUGGAAGGAUUGCCCCUGCCUCCUAAUAUACAGGAGCCACACAAGGGUGCUUAUGAGUAUUUGUUCGAGCUCGUUGCUGGCCUGAAACACAUGAUUGCAACAAGGGAGACCGAGAACAUGGCUCAUGUAUCGGCUUUGCAAAGUAGAGCUAGGAAGCGUAAGGAUAGAGGUCAAGGUUGAUGGGGCACAUGAUCUAAAAGCAUGUGACCAAAGCUGCACUUUUGGGAAAAUAAGGACAAGACACCACUUCAACGUGAAAGCUUAAUAUUGUAGCUUAUAAAUUAUCACGACAAGAAUGCCCACAACGCGGAUAAUGACUUCCAAAUACGGUUCCAAACAUUCCCAAUUUUGUGUUUGCCAAAAUUUUGCUAAUACACUUUAUUUUUCAAUGUGAGGGGUGAUAUUUAGUAACAUUUUUUUUACAUUGAAAGAUUAUAAAAAAUGGUAGGAGUAUGUUUGCUGUCUCGUUAUGUAUUUAUUUAUAAACCGGACCAACAAGACAUUGUCUGCACGUUCAUAUUAAAAGGCAAAUCCUACUCCUAUGAAGAAUA